AUGAGAAAGGCUAGAACUUCUGCUUUGAGGAAAGGAAAGCCCUCUAAAGUAAGUACCUACUCCUCUCCUUCCAUGACUGCUAGAAAUGUAAAAACUCUUGAACCCUCUACUACAGUAAAGAAACCUCGGUCUAUGACUAGUUUGUAUCUUGACCCCAUUAUCGUUGGACCUAAUGUUGGUAUUUCUAAAGAUUGUCAUGUUAUAACAAAUGUUAUGGAAGAUGUUGAAGCCUCUGAAACCAGUAAUAUACCUAGAUAUACUAAUGUCGUGUCGGAUGUCUCCACAUCCUUGGCUCAACCUGAUAACACUACUGAGACCCCCAUGGAUAAAUCUGAUGUGAAUGUAACUACUCUGUCUCCUGAAAAAUUGAAAGACAAAGAAAGCUUUGAAUGGAUGACAUGUGAUCUGGCCAACAAAGAUGAAAACUCUAUUGAGAAAAAGGAUCAACACACUAACAUAGUAAAUAUUGAGGAUCUGGGCUCUGAUGAUGUUCCCAUCGGUCAAAGACUGGCUCUAGGUAUAGCUAAAAGAUUGAAGAACAGAAAAGGUCAAGUUAUUGAAUCCUCCAGCACACCCUCCAAAUCUAUCAGGAAAAGAGCUAGUGACAACAUUUCUACUACCAAAAAGCAAGCAUCUGGGAAGAAGAUUCUAGCAAAUAUUCCUGAAGUUCGAAUUGACAACAUUUCCUUUCACUCUGUGGAGAAUGUUGAAAAGUGGAAAUUUGUUUACCAAAGAAGAUUAACUCUGGAAAGGGAACUGAGUAAAGAUGCUUUUGAUUGCAAAGAGGAAUGUGACAACAAGAGGAGCAAGGAGUUUAGAAAAGUGUAUGUCAGAGGAAGAUGUGUGGAUUUUUCUCCUGAAAUAAUCAAUAGGUUCUUGGGCAGAAAUGAAGAAGAACCAGCUGAAAUAGAAGUCUCUGACAAUGUCAUCUACAAAGAGAUUACUUCUAAACAAGUAAAGGAAUGGCCAAGGAAAGGGAAACUGUUUAUAAGUUCCUUGAGUGUUAAGUAUGUUGUUCUCCACAGAAUUGGAGCUGCUAAUUGGGUUCCAACCAAUCACACUUUCAACAUUAUUACACGACUAGGUAAGUUUAUUUAUAUUGUUGGUACCAAGUCAAGUUUUGAAUUUGGAUCCUAUGUAUUUGAUCAAACUAUGAAGCGUGUUGCCUCUUAUGCUGUGAAGAUGCCAAUAGUUUUUCCCUCCUUGAUCUGUGGUGUUAUCCUGAGUCAACACCCAAGUAUCUUAAUCAAUUCUGACAAUACCUGUAAAAGGGACCCUUCUCUCUCAUUAUAUUAUAGGUUUUUCCCUGGAAAAUAUGUUCUAGACAUUGCCAUGACAUCUGGGCAAACACCUUUCAGGCCUACUUAUAGAACAUGCAUCCUUGUUGAGCUAAAAGAUACUUGCAAGACUUUGGAUGAAACUAUCAAUAGUUAUACUGAAAGGAAAAACAAGAUUGAAAUGUUGAUAAAGGCCUUGUCUGAAGAAGAAGGAAGUUUGAAAGGUGAUGGAAUGGAUGAAGAAGAGGAAAAAGAAGAAGGUUCUGAUGCAAGUGAUGAUGAAGAUGCUACUAGCAAUGAUGAGGACUGA